UCGUAAUGUCAUGAAUGCAUUUGUGCAAUACUGAUCUGAUGGAACACGGUGACAAUCUGAGCAUAUAGUGAAUCGUCUGGGUUGUGCAUCUUGCAGUAAGUAAGAGCAGUCAUUCCUGACCGCGGCCUUUACAUUGUCUCAUGUUACAAUCAGAAGAAGGUUUGAAGUAUUAGACGGAGGUUUAAAGUGUUAGUAAAUCAAUACGAUAUUACUCAAAAGAUCAAUGUAGUGGAUGUUGACUAUAUAGUAACUAUAAUAAAUCGUUUUGUAGUAAUUAUAAAGUGAACAAUUGAGCAAGGUGUCUGUUUAGUGAAUGUUGGUAGGAGGGAGAGAGAUCUAUACGAUAUCUGUUUAUAUCGGUGUAUACACUCAGUGAUUGUUCGUGGGUUAUUAGCAUACCGUUUACAAUAUCUUAUUAGAAGACAUAUAGGCCGACUGUGAUUUGGUGUAUGUUGAUAUUUAAUUAGGAGACAUAUAAACCUAUUGUGAUUGUUCACAUUUAAUUAGGAUAGGUCGACUGUGAUCUACUUGUAUAGAUAUGAUUAACAUGUGGGAUAUUCUAACAUCAUUUACUGAUGUAAAAACCAUUUUAUUGACUCUUGUCUUUAUAUUAGUUAUUGGAUAUGUCAUCUCAAUGCAGGAACGAUCUGGGAUUCCUCCUGGACCAUCAUAUUGGCCAAUUGUGGGAAACAUGCUGGAUAUACGAGGCAAACGAGUAGGUAAGAGACAUAAAUAUUAUGCAGAACUUCAAGAAAAAUAUGGCGACAUUUUUCGAAUUUAUUUCGGUAACCAGUUGUUGGUAGUUUUAAACGAUUUCGAAUCUAUCGAGGAUGCUUUUGUGAAGCAAAAGGAUCUGUUCAGUUCGCGACCAGUAGAUAAGCUUUGGGGAAUUCAACAGACUGUAAAAGACGGAAAGGGAGUCCUCUGGGCGAGUGGACAAGAAUGGAAAGAUGCGAGAAGAAUGACAGUUCGUGCACUUCGGGAUCUAGGAGUCGGGAAGACUACUCUGGAGGAUAGGAUCAAGGAAGAAGCUAAAAUAAUUUUAGACUAUAUAACAGCAUGUGAGGGAAAACCAUUUAAAGUCCAUGAUAUAAUGAUGAAAGCUACAACCAAUAUAAUCAGUACAGUUGUAUUUGGUAAAAGAUAUGAUUAUAGUGAUCUUGAUUUUCUUCAAAUCAUUAAAGUUCUAGAGAUAAAUUUCAAGGGUGAGAUGGGUGUGUUUUCACCUAUUCAUCAGUUUCCCAUGCUUCGUUUCAUUCCAGUCCUGGCUGCGAAAAUAUUGACUGCUCGAAAUUCUGUCGAGAAGGUAAAACAGUUUAUUGCUGAUCGUAUUGAGGAACACAAAGAAGUUUUCGACAAAAACGACAUAAAGGAUUUUAUUGAUGUUCAUUUGGAUAUGUGUGCUAGUGGGGCAUCCGAUGUCACCAGUGAAGGCAACACGAAAAGAACCAUUUUAAGUCUAUUUCUUGCUGGAUCAGACACGACAGCUACCACCCUCGAUUGGGCAUUGCUCUAUAUGAUCCUUCAUCCGGAAGUCCAGAAGAAAUGCCAAGAGGAAAUCGACAGUGUGGUCGGCAAUAUUCGUAUGGUUGGUUGGUCUGGUAAGUCUAAAUUGCCGUACAACGAAGCAACGCUUCUUGAAGUACAACGGAUAGCAAAUGCAGUGCCCAAUACAGUUCCCCACACAACGGACAAAGAUGCCGUAGUAAAAGGAUUCCUAAUCCCACAAGGUUCUUUGGUUUAUGCAAAUUUGUACGCAUGCCACCUUCAUUCUAGAUACUGGAAGGAACCCUUACAGUUUAAACCAGAACGCUUCCUUGAUGAUACAGGGACGAUAUCCAAACAAACUGCUGCUACAUUAAUACCCUUUUCAAUAGGUCCACGGAUAUGUGUUGGUGAAUCACUGGCUAGAAUGGAAAUAUUUCUGUUUUUCACCAAUCUCCUACAGAGGUUUUCAUUCUCGACCUCCGGCAGUGAGAAACCAAGUACUGAUGGAAUAUGUGGAGUGAGUAUGUCCACACCAGAAUAUACCCUAACUGCCACGCCUCGAUAAGAUUUCCGUGAAUUCUAAAAACAAAUUAUUUGUUGGUGUAAUUUGCUGAUCGUUUUAUUGCAACUCACAUUUGCUCGUCGCCACCCAUAUCCACCCGUCCACCGUUGCUUGUACUCGCACUAAAAGAGUUUGUUCUCCGCCGAUUUUCAACAAGUUUUCAGAAAUAGUGUUGCGUUACAGAAUGACCCUAUUCACACAAGUAGUACCAGAUUGAUGUAUUCUGACUAAUUCAUAACUUGAAACCUAGAUUUAACUGUUACCAAUAUGAUAUAUCACAGGUGACGGGCGACUGAAAUAAGACUUUCUGUGCAUUAACUGUGAUUAACGCUUAAAUAUUUUAUCUUAAAGAUUAUGUAGGUAAGAUUGUGUACCGUUUUGUAGAUAUUGCUAUAUAAGCAUAGUAGUUUGUAGUUUCAUUUUUUUUAUGUUAAUAUACAUGAUGCGAAAUAUCGUAUUCCUUAUGCAGUUGACCUUGUCUGAUAAGGAUUGUUAUUGAAGGUUAAUUGGUGGGCGUGUUACCUUGUCAGGCAAGUUAAUUGGUGGGCGUGUUACCUUGUCAGACAAGUUAAUCGGUGGGCGUGUUACCUUGUCAGACAAGUUUAUCGGUGGGCGUGUUACCUUGUCAGGCAAGUUAAUUGGUGGGCGUGUUACCUUGUCAGACAAGUUAAUCGGGGGGCGUGUUACCUUGUCAGACAAGUUAAUCGGGGGGCGUGUUACCUUGUCAGACAAGUAAAUCGGUGGGCGUGUUACCUUGUCAGACAAGCUAAUUGUUUAUAUGAUUUGUUGAUUUGACUUUAAAUCGAGACUAAUGUUAAAUCUUAUUGUAAAAUACAGUUCACAUAAUAAAUAAAAUAUACCAGC